AGAUGAGAGGGAGAGACCGAGAGAGAUGUCGAUACUGUGGGAAAAGAGCGAGACUUGGCGGUGGCUGGUGAGGAGGACAAGGGAUUCGAAGCCCUUCUUCUUGGCCUUCGCAACAAUAUGCGGCGUCGUUCCGGGUGUCAUAGGCUACGGCGUCAUGCAGCUCACGAACUCCCGCAACCCUCAGCUGGAGGCCCAGCUGCGCCAAAAUGCCCGCCCCGAAUCCCUCAUGAUGGGGAAAGUAAACCAAGAGCGAUUGGCGGAAUACCUUGGGGAGCUCCAGCGGAAAGAGGAUACCAAUGACCGAUAUGUAGCUGCUUUGAGGGGAGAGACAUUGACUAGGAAUCCUUAUCAGCGAAUUCAGCCAAUUCCAAACCAGAAGACUGAAGCUGACAUUCACCGGAAGAAGACCGACAAGGCUUAGCCAUGUAAACUCGAAGAUGAAGGGUUUACUUUGUCAUGCUUUCGUGAUAUGCUUGCUUACAUCACUUUGCAGGGAGAACCUGACCUGAAACAAGUCUGGGUUAACCACAUCCUUGGAUAAUGUUUUUGCAAUACUGUAAUUGGAAUAGGUAGAGUGAGUAAAUAGAUUCAAUGUUCUAUGUUUGUUUCUUGACAAUAAGGUUGUUUGAACUUAUAACAUUGGUUCUGAGUAGCCUCCACUCUACAAAAUUGUUUCAGCUCCAAAGGGUGUCCCGAUUUUGUUCUGGCUUGCCGUCUUAGGCUCAUGAAAUUGGGAGAUCAACUCUGUUGCUCAUUUCUUAGUGCUAUCUACUUAAGUUUUACCCACUUUUGUUUACCCCCGUGCCUUAUCGUUCGGAACAGCUCUCUUGUUAUGAUACUUCACUGCAUCUUAGUGCU